AGUAGCUGGUUAUUAGGUACCACUGGAAAAGGCUCACCGGGUUUCUGCUGGAACAAGCAAUAACUUACUUUAUGAGGUCCGAGCUUUCCCUCAAACCUUUGGCUUCUCAUGAACUGCAACUUCAAGAACCUUACAGAAAGCAAUCAUAAUCCAAGACUUCACAAUUAAAAAUGCUUCACAAUUUUUGAUCAAUAACUUACUACCAACAGCACUAACUAAAGUCAAAGUUCACAAGAUGUCUACUCCAGCAGCCAAACGUCGUCGAAUUGAAGCUGCAAAUACUCUUCAAAAACCCUUCCGCUCACCAUUCAAGACACCCUUCAAAUCACCCCUCAUUAAAGCCCCUCCAAACACUCGCGCUUCUACUGCCGCCUCAGCAACCUCUACUCCUCUAUCUUCCAAGACUUCAAUUUCCUACCCGGUCGUGAGCAUUCCAUCUCGAAAUACAGUGACACGCGUCAAGAAAUCUUUCACAUCACCGAUUUCCCCAGCGGUUCUUAAUGCCGAUCCAGAUAUUGCGCCACUACUCAAAGAGCAAAGAGAAUUGGAGAAACAACUGAAGGCAGUCAAAGAAGAAUUAGACAUGGCAGAACAGGCGAAGAAGAUUGAGAGGGAUAGUAAAGCUAAAGAUAAGGAUGGAAAUGGAGAGAUUGAUGGAGAGUUAAUAGAACUGUGUGAGAAGUGGAAAGGAGCGAGUCGAUUAGCAGCAGAAGAGUUGUUUGGAAAGGUUAGAGAUAGGGUUAAUAGGUACGUCACUCUACUCUUGAGGUUACAGGGCUUGUGCUGAUGGGGUUUGAUGGAGUAGAAUGGGUGGACCAAGAGCUUGGAAGGAAAUGCAAAAGAGACAACAGGAGUAUCAAAAUAAUUGGGAUCAGGAUGAAGCAAACAACAAUAACAAUGCCGAUUCUGAUGACGAUGACGAGGAUGGUAAGGUCAAAGAGAAACGAGAUAUUUAUGCAGAGUAUAGCAUUGAUCCUGAGACGGAGAAUGAAAAAGCACAGAGAGCUCCAGGUCUUGGUGAUACUGGAGAGAAUCCUGGAGAGGAAGAUGUAAGUUUUUUUAUGGUUGACUUGAUCUACUACUGAUACAGUACAGGAAUUCACAAUGGCAAUGAUGCUGAGAACAUUAAAUGUGGAUUUGGCAGUAAUUGGGUAUGAUAGGGAGCAACAAAGAUGGAUCGAUUGAGUGAUUGAUGGCCGUUUCGCAUAUUCACAUGAGCAAAUAGUUGUUGCUUAACAGACACGACCAAAAUGUUGUUAAUGGCAUCUUGUAAGAUCAUUUUUUAUGUAACAUUGCCUUGGUGUAGCUAAAGACCACCGUGAGUAGAGGGUAGAAUAUUUCCCUAUUAUGAAUGGUUACCCAUUCUUGGCUGAACUAUGCUACAGGAGAGUAGGGAGUAAAUCUGCCAGUUUCAGUCUGCAAAGAAGUCAGAAACAAGGUGAAUGAGAUGAGGUAUUAGCCAGAGCAAAGCCUUCAGCAGUGUUGCCAGAUGUGUGCUAUCUUCAAGAUAUUAGAACACCAUUCUUCUUUCUUAAUAAACUUCCGGAGUUCAAAGGGUGUCUCCCACAAUGAAAGUAUGACAUCGAGA